AUGUGUCCCCUGCAGCGUCCCUGGCCAUCUCCUCCGGCUGAUGCCUGCAUCCGGCUUCUGUGUUCUGGUCCCUGUGACGUUGGGAUGUACGGGCGCCGCCGCUGCCGGCGGUGGGAAAUUUGAAAAUUUAAAAAAAAAAUGUAAUUUUUUUCAAAACGAAUUUUACAUACAUUUUGUCCCUACUGCUUUGUCCUGUGCCCUGCCUGCAUUUUGACUGUUCUUUCUGCCUGGAAACUUAGAAAAGUCCAUAGCAUCCAAAAAGCAUCCCUUUAGGUCAAAAGCGGGUUUAGACCAGCUAGAGUACAGCGAUAGUAAAUCAGAACCACUUGCAGAAUUGA